AUUAUUUAUUAUAGAAAAGAUAAGAAUAUAGUUAGAAGAUAUGCGCCGGCCUGCCAGUGUUUACGUUCUAGUAGUUUCUACUAUUCUCAUCAUAUAUACAUUCUUUACGCUAGAUUUGAAUCUCAUAGAAGCACUGCAAGUGAACCAACGGAACGACCAGCUUGAUCUAGAUCUGAUAAAACAACAAUUUGUUCGGACAUAUCCUAACGUAACCCUGGAGGAGAAGGAUAAGUUUCUAAGGAUAAAGACUGAUGAGUAUCUGAGGAGAAGAGAAACUAUCCAGAGUUUUUGUAGGAACAGUUCGGAACCAGAGUUCAGUAGACAGAUCAUAAAUAACAGUUUAGUUUAUGAUGCACAGGAUGAAGUUUCCUAUUGUAUGAUACCAAAGGCAGCGUCUUCUACUUGGUGUACUCACUUCAUUGAUCUAGGAAACCCGUCUAAAAGGAUAAGAUCACAAUACAGUCAAGCUCUACAGUUUCUUGCUCCUAAACUCUUCCCUGCUCCACCUCUAGAUACACUUCAGGGAGAAGCCUGGAGUAAGACGACAUCCUUAGUUGUUGUUCGUCAUCCGCUUGCUAGACUUGCCUCAGUUUACCAGGAGAAGUUUGUCAAAUAUGCAGACAAUAAGUCCUGGGGCCCUCUGGGAAGGAAUAUAAUAAGUAUGUACAGACAGAAGAUUGAACCUCGAGAAAUAAUUAAACCUGAGAACGAGAAUAUACCAACUCCAGAAGAAAUGAUCAGAUUUGUGACAUAUCAACUGAACUCGAUGAAAAGGGUGGAUCAGCAUUGGAAACCUCAGCAUGAAAGCUGUCCCUUCUGUUUACUGGACUUUACAGUGUACGCCAGGGUUGAAGAGAUAAAUGAGGAUACUCUAUUCUUCUUGAUAACCUCUGGACUAGAGGGUCGAUUAAACCCUGGGAUAAGGAUAAACCCUUCAACUCAUGAUGAGAGAACGUUUUGGUCUCAGGUUUACAAUGAGACGAUAUCUGAACUUCUCCACCCUUAUCAACAAGAUUUUCUUAUGUUUAAUUACUCUGCUAGAGCGUAUCUAGAAAAUUUAAAUAUUCCUUUCUCCUCAGCUCUCAUCUAUCUUUAGUAAACCUAAAGGUACUGAUUUCUCGCCUGCAACUUUAUUUUUCUAAUCCUGAUAUUUUUGCUUCCUGAUGGUGUAUACCAUGGUAUCUAAAAUGUUGACUAUUAAAUAAAGCAAAAUUCAUGUCACAGGUCAUCAGGUUGAACAGACAUUAAGAUUAGAAAAUUAGAAUUAGAAUUUGAGGAAAGAUAUCUGUUCCUUCAGAAUAAGUUUAUUCAUAAUCUAAGCCAAAUUGUGAUAUUCGUAUUUACAAAUUUUAUAAAAAUUUAAUAAUCUUAGUGUAAACUCUUUAUAAAAGUUUACACAGCUACCUAUCUUAGUUUUGGUAAAGCUGGAUUAAAAACUGAAUUCAUUUAAAAUAAAAUAUUUUGUAUUAAUGUGA